UUUGUUUUGGUGCGAUGAACGUUUAGGAAGGCAGGAUAGCUUAUGCUCACGGUGGGAAUAUACCGUUCAAGGAUUAAAAAAAAAAGAACCUUGUAAGGAGCACUGUGACCAAGCCCGAUGUGAUUUGGUUCGAGCGGGUGCGUUCAGUCUUUCUCCUUCCUCUCUUUCCCCGAGAGAAUCGGGCGGGAGCGGCCCCCUCAACUCGCUGUCAACCGAGAGGAACUACAACCUCCGGCAUGCCGCGCGGCGAGUGGCGCCUGCGCAAUGUCAGCACACCAUACUGCCCAUGCGCAACCUCAGUGGGCCAUCAAUAAGAAGGCAAAGCAGCAGCCUUCAUGAAUACCGAAGAAGACCAUGUCAAUGAUCCUGUUUGCCUAUGUGGUCCGGGUGACAGAUGGGCUUCCGCUGUCUGCUUCUUCAGACUUUGAGUACAGCAGGGAACUGCAGGAGUGUAAAAAGCAACUGAAGAUUGUGUCUAAAGUGCUCGGGCAGUUUCCUGGCCGUGGUACUGUGAAGAGUAAUCAACUUCACAUACAUUUUACUUCUUCACAGGGUAUCGCCUACAUGACCAUCUGCUGUAGCUACUACCCCACAACGAUGGCAUUUUGCUUCUUAGAAGAACUUGGAAUGGAGUUUGUUUCUUCCUUCGAGAUCGCUAAAAUUCACGUGGUUUCGAGACCCUACGCUUUUCUUGAAUUUGAUAGUGUAAUACAGAAGAUAAAAUGGCACUAUAACUAUUCAAACCGGCCUUCGUUAAAAAUCAGUGUGACCAAUAUCCAGAGGGAGCUAAAGGUGACGCCACCCUGCCAGGUGAACGUGGAUGAUAUAGUGGUUACCAACGGAACACUGAAUGGGCACCUGCAUUUGCAAUCGAACUCUGCAACCAGUUACAGACUGGAACCAGUAAGUGUGUUUGGGAUCCUCUCGGUUAUCCUUAAUAUCAUGUGUGGAGCUCUCAACCUGAUCCGUGGAGUUCACCUCAUAGAACACAAUUUUCAGGAUGGUGAUGAAGAAAAGGGGACAGUUGUUGCAUUUCUCGUAGCUUUUAUUACCUGUGCAUUUCAGUGUUACCUGUACCUGUUCUACGCCUCAGCAAGGAUGAUCAAGGCAGCUGGAGCAUUUAUUCUCAUUUGUAUAUGCAAUUCUUAUUUAUUUGGACUGAGGAACGUUUGGCAGAUCCUCUUCCACUUAGGGGUGGCCUCUCUGUCCACGCAUCAGAUAUUGUCAAGAAAGCCCACUGAGAGACUGCCUGACUGCGGAGUCUGAUAUCCAACAGCAUCCGAGACCAACAACCAUCCCCACUAAUAGAAAGGAUCGGCGACUGAGUGUUCUCAAAUGUGCCUUCAAUUUUGUUUAAUAAUAUUGUCGUCAUCGCCACAGAAACAAAACCGUUAAGACUUCAAAACAGGAAUAUAAAAUGACCCCUAUUUCCAAAACGCCAGCCCUAUCAAAAGAGAAAUGGAUUUACUUUAGGUGGAGAGGAAGAUGAUGACUCAGUUACAGUGUGUUACCUUCCAAAUGCUUAACACUACUCUGCAAGUUUAGUGUGGGACACUAAAACCAUGGAGACAACUGGAUUGCAGUCCUGCAGUUUUGCACAGCAGGAGUUGAGACCAAGAAUUAGUUUUCAAGGGAAGCAGGUUUAGAGGGCAGGACACGAUUGGACAAGGGAACUGCAGAUGUACUCAAUUCUUUUCUUAAAGUCAGACGUUCUGCUCUUAUUUUUAUGUUUCCAUUAUAAAUUGCUAUGUCCAUGGCAACUACCAAUGCAAACUUGCCGCACUGUAAUUGUAUUCUUGCCUGUGCUGGUGCUGCAGCGUCACCCACUGUGGGGAGGAUGUACUUACAAGGUGACAGGUUUACAUGGGCAGGUUACAUUCAAAAUGUGGAUGUAGCAACUUGUAAUAGGAAAAAUGAUGAGAAGUGUGUGCAGACACAAGUUUUACUUAUAAAUAUAAAGGUACUACUAAUGAAUCAGAGAUAGCUUUACACAACACACAAAGGUGAGUUUAACAUGUUGUCUUUAUGUUAAAUUAAAAAGCCCUUGCUUAGGUGACUGGGUCUUAUGAUCUUUCACCUUGCAUACUGUGUUCAGGGUUCAUAUUCAUUGGCAACAGAUGGGAUAAUUCCAUGUUAUCUUUAGGGGUUUUGCUUGAACCGAGUUUUGGAUACUUGCAGCCCAAACCUUUUAUACAUAACUUCAUAGGUUAGGUUGGGAUUGUCAGUUUAGAGACGCCAUUAGGAAUUUGAUGCAGGGGUCUUGAAAAUGUUAUCGUGAUAUUUUUGUGUGUUUGGAGAGACAGAGGGAUCUUCUCUUCUGCAGUAGGUAGCGGAUGGGACAGGAAAGAGGGAGCUUGUCACUGCAUUAGGUUGUGUCGUACCUGGCUUGGAACUGCUCGAUAUUGAGACUCCUGAACAGACGUCCGGGUUAGACAUUACAUCCCUUGACAAGCACAAAAAUUAGCCCAAGGUUUUUGAAAAAGGGAAAAGUCUUGUAUUACCUGUUGGUGUGUACGUGACUUUGCUCAUGAAUUUUUAAAAAUAGGUUAACAUUUACUAAUGGGAGAGGUUGGGAGAUAAAAUGUCAGAAUUUAGUCCAAUAAUGCACAUUUUCAAAUGGUAAUUAUACUGCUGGGGAGAAAGCUAACGUUAUUUCUCUACAACUCUCCUGGUUUAGGAGUCUGUUGUCUUUCAUUAAUUGGGAGGUUGGGAUAAUUUCAGACUGUAUUUAUAGCUAAACUACUCACUCAUAAGCCUUUCUCCUGCAACAAGUCACCCAAAUUAUUUAAAUCCAUCUUUUCUAUGCUCUGCAGUUCUAUAAAAAUAUGUAUCAAAUAUUCUUAGACCUUGGUUCAGAUGUUAACCUUUUCUUUACUAUUUCACUGCUAGGUACAUUUUUCAGGUGCUGUAAAUACGUUAGCAAUGUUGAC